CGGCGCACUCUGUCAAGUUUUCAAAAUAUCUUUUGUAAGUUGAGAACAAUUAGAGAGUAAGAUAUAAAAAUUAGAGGCGGAUGUUGGGCUCAAAUCUAGAAUUGUAAAACGAGCGAGUGGCCGUCAUUCCUAGUUAUUUGUUAACUGAAAUUCCUUCGGACAUUUGGAUAAUGCAUCCAGAUGAAUGAGAUAGCCUCAUUUGGACAAUGUAAGCAGAUUUCUCCAUGAGGAGCUUAGACAGCAACAUGGAUAUUUUCGUGUUCUCUCUCGUCCUAACACUAACUGGAUCCUUAGGAGUGGACCCUUCACUUGUGCAAGAGAAUCCAACAAAAACAGACUGUCUGACCGAGGGUGUAUUCAUAUGUGACCUGGGAAGUCAAGAAUGCGUCCCAAACCAGGUCAAAUGUAACGGUGUAAGUGACUGUAGCAAUGGUCUGGACGAGGAUAUAGCCACGUGUGGUUGUUUGAGCACAGAAUUCCAGUGCAAUAGCACCACGUGUAUAGAUUUGAUCAGAAGGUGUGAUAGGGUCGAGGAUUGUACUGAUGGACUUGAUGAACAAGAUUGCAUCACGUAUGCCUGUCCUCCUACCCAUGGGAAGUGUAAAAAUCAUUACUGUGUACCACGUGACAACUUUUGUGAUAUUGAGGACAACUGUGGAGACAACAGUGACGAAAUCAAUUGUGCUUAUCCCGAAUGUUACCCCACUCAGUUUAAAUGUCGGAAUAAACAGUGCGUCAACCUGGAUUUGCUGUGUGAUGGAAUCAAGGACUGUUUUGACGGAAGUGAUGAAGAAAACUGCGACUUGUACCACCGGUGUGGGUCGGGUUUUUAUAGAUACCCGAGCAGUGUGUGUGACGGAUUCGUAGAUUGCGAGGAUCAGUCAGAUGAGGCUAACUGUACCAUUUCCUGUCAAAAUGGCUUCCGGUGUAGAAAUGGGCGUUGCCUAGGAAUGGCCAAUCGUUGUGACUGGUUCUGUGACUGCGGAGAAAGCUGUGAAGAUGAAAUGGGCUGUGGAGCCCCUGUUUGUCCCGUUGAAGACUCGUUUGCCUGUAAAUCUCUGUAUGAGCUGAAGAUAGAGAGAUGUAUCGAUAAUAAGUACCUUUGUGACGGGCAGAAUGAUUGCUACAACAAUGAACGCGGGUCUGACGAGAUGUCCUGUCUCUAUCAACUACAGGCCAGCUAUAAUAUUUCCGGAAAAAACUGUAGCGAUUUUGGUCGUGAUUACUUCCCUUGCCCAGAGGGACGUUGUAUUCCUCAUAAAGCGGUGUGUGAUUACUUCAUAGACUGUAAGAAUGGCGAAGAUGAGGAUAAAAGAAUGUGUGAAAAGUAUUUCCGGGACUGCAAACAAGGGGAGUUUGAGUGUAAGAACAGACAGUGUAUUGAUUCCUCGUCCCGCUGUGACGGACGGGCGGACUGCUACGACGGAUCUGACGAGGAAGAUUGUGAUAAAAUACAAUGUCCAUCUGGCUACAGACACUGUAAGAGUGGACCAUGUAUACCGGAAGUUUAUUGGUGCGACUACUUCCGUGACUGUCCGGAUGUAUCAGACGAAACAGACUGCUUUCACCGCCCGUGUGAAGUGGAUGAAUUUACUUGCAAUAAUGGACAGUGUAUUGAUUCCAAGUACAUCUGCUACAAGUCGGCCGACAAGAGACUGGGCUGCGCUGACGAGUCCAAUUUGUACCUCCCCCAAUGUAAGGAAGCAAACUGCUCCCUUGGUCAGUUUAAAUGCCGUAAUUCCUACUGCAUUGAUGAGGAUGCUGUGUGUGAUGGAAAUAUCGACUGUCCUCUUAACUCGUACUGGGACGAACUCGGCUGUCCUGCGCCAUGUCCAUAUCUCUCAAUGGAGUGUAUAUGUCGCACUGACGAGAUAGACUGUCGUGGCAGGGGUUUAAAAAAACUACCCACGGAUCUCCCCCACGAACACAACGUGGCCAAAUUUUUCCUGAGUGACAACUUCUUGAACAACUCUUUGGACAACACAUCAUUCCUGAUUUAUUCAAAAGUUGUUUACCUAGAUCUCAGCAACAACUCCCUCAAGCAGGUGCCCGUGGGGAUGUUCCGAAACCUGUUCAGACUCGUCUCUUUAAACUUGGAGUACAAUCUAAUUAGUGAAUUAGAGGAGGGGGCGUUCGUUGGACUCUAUAAUUUACGAAGCUUAUACAUAAAAGGAAAUCGCAUCCAAGAUGUCUAUCCGUACUCCCUGACAGGACUUUCAAAACUCCUAACACUUGACCUGAGCGGACAGCGACUACGGUGUCUGUAUAAGUUUGGCCUUGUUGGACUUAGAAGUGUGUCUAGACUAGAUCUCUCAAGGAAUCAAAUCGAACACGUGUAUAGCGGAGCGUUCAGUGGUCUCGACAGUUUGUUAACAUUAGAUCUGUCAAAGAACAAGAUUUCGCACAUCGAUGGAAGUGCUUUUAAUGGACUGGCAAAAUUAAAGAUGUUAGAAGUGGACGAGUUCCGUUUCUGUUGUUUGGCUCGGGAGGUGGAGAAAUGUCUACCUGAGCCGGACGAGUUUUCCUCCUGUGAGGAUCUCAUGUCUAACUACCUCCUCCGGAUCACUAUCUGGAUCUUGGGGACCGUCGCCUUUUUUGGGAACCUUCUGGUCUUUAUCUGGAGGAUCAGGGACGAUAGGAAUGGAAAGGUUCAUUCUUUUCUUAUUACAAAUUUGGCAGUUGGUGACUUUUUCAUGGGAGUAUACUUAUUAAUCAUUGCUGUGGUGGAUAGCUACUACAGAGGAGAGUAUAUCAUAUUCGACAAAUCUUGGCGGGAAAGUGAGUUGUGUAAAUUCGCAGGCUUUAUAUCUACAUUCUCUAGUGAGCUCUCAGUGUUUACACUUACUGUGAUAACGCUGGACCGAUUGAUUUGUAUUAUAUUUCCAUUGAAAUUGAAACGUCUUGGAUUAAAGCAAGCUUCUAUAGUGAUGCCGUGUAUCUGGAUUGUAGUGACAAUGCUAUCCGGAAUCCCACUUUUCGGUCUGGACUAUUUUGACAAUUUUUACGGGAGAUCAGGAGUGUGCCUGGCGUUUCAUAUAACACCGGAUAAACCAAAAGGAUGGGAAUAUUCCGUGUUUGUGUUCCUAGUUCUAAACUUCAUAUCAUUUUUAGUCAUUUUCAUUUCAUAUCUAUGGAUGUUUCUUGUAGCCAAACAAACAACUACUGCCGUUCGAAAGUCCAAGGCGAAGUCUGACAAGUCCAUGGCCAAACGAAUGACGCUUAUUGUCAUGUCCGAUUUCUUCUGCUGGGUACCUAUCAUCCUUCUUGGAUUUGCAUCGCUAGGUGGCGCAACUGUUCCACCCCAGGUUUACGCUUGGGUGGCAGUCUUUGUACUACCUUUGAAUUCAGCAAUUAACCCUGUGCUCUACACGAUAUCCACUGCUCCAUUCAUGAGAAAUAUUAGAAAACGAGCUUCGCGCUUUCGGAAAUCCUUCACGGGGUCAGCGAGAAAUACCGAUACAAAGAAUUCGUUCAUAGAAAAUUCCUCCCAGAUCUGGAAUCGUAAUUCCAUGUACCGACAGCUGGAGCUAACAAGAUUACGUGGUCUUAAAAAGACGUAUACAAACCAUCACGACAAAGGCGCCAGGAUAACGUCUUGACGUGGUCGUCAACAAACGUAUGACAGUGACGCAGAGGAGUUAUCUAAUACACAAAGUGAAUGUGAUAUUUUCACAAAAAGAGCGGAAAAAAGUGGUGUUCAAAGACCAUAAGGUGACAGUUGAACGCCGUAAAUGUAGCAAAUACAAAAGUAAAUUGUUCGAAUAUUUAAUAUCACUAGUUUGAUGAGCACUUUUUUUUUAUUUCAUGAUGUGAUUUAAUGUUUAGAGCAUAUUUUCAGAACUAACUAAGAUUAGUGGUAGGAAGGGAAGAACAAUCCCAAAUACUGUUUAUAUUUUAUAACACUAAAAAUGACACCCGGUUUCCCAAAUGAGUAUUUUUGAUUGAUGAUUAGAAAGCAAUAUAUGUUACUGUAAUUCAUAAUUAUUAUUAUAAAAUGGUGUGACAUGUUGAGUUCAUGCCUAACAAUUGGUAUGAAACAAAUCAGCCAAAAUACAAACCACGCAGGGGAUAUACUUGCUAACAAGGUAAUUAUAUCGACUAUAGAAUUUAUAAAAUGCUGACAUAAGACGAUAUGUAGAAAUUCCUGUAAUAUUAACGUGUUUGUCAGAGGCCUGUCUCGGUUUAAGUGCUGAUGCUUUAUGUAUCAAAUAAGUUGGGGGAUUAAACACCAUAUACAGAUGAUAGCGGGACAUUGCUACACAUAUAAUGACAUUUGAAGAUGGAAAAGUUGAAAGUAUCUCGUUUGUCAUAAAAUUUAGUUUUUUUUUAGUAGGGCCCUAUUGUCCAUUUGUCCAUAGUCCAGGAAAAUAUAUGUUGCAGAUUUUUUUUAAUGUCAAGUUCACUGUGAUAUAUCGAAUCAGCAUUUGAAUGAAAGUAUUUAUUGUUAAUUGAUAAUACAUCGUCGAUAUAUCUAAAAGUAGAGUUAAAGCCCACAACAAACGUUUUCUUCUGAAGAAGUUCACUUUACAUUCUUUCAAAAUUACAAAGAUGUUGGAUCAUUUACAAUAUUUUUUCUUUAUACUUUAUUUAUAAGAUAGAAUCCUAUUCUUGUUCAUUGUUUAUAUUCUGACUAUCCUUCGUACAGCGUUUUACAAACAUUUAAAGAGAAUAAUGAGAAAAAAAACUUUUGGUGUCAUAUUUAUAUUGAAGACUCUGGAUUGAAAUGUGAAUUAGAGAAAAUUUGCCAACAUCAAACUUGUAUUUUGGGGAGGGGGGGGGAAGCUGUUACUCGUCAUCAUUUACAUCAUCCCAUUUGAAGUUAUUUUUGUUUGUUUAUUUUAAGAUGUUGAUCAAUAAAAAAAAAUUAGUUUUUACUAUAAAUCUACUUAGCAAUCUAAAUCAAUUUUUAAUAGUUUUAUGUAACUGCCGGUC